AUGUAUCAAAGGCGGAGGAUCGAUUUUUUUGCCUGUGAAGAAAUACCCUGUGAAAUGCGAGAGUGCUUUAUCGUUUCAAGAUACCGAAGGCCGAAUUCUACACUAACGGAGUGCGUGUGUUCUGUCCUGCAGCCCACAAACGAAACAUUUAACUUUUGGACUCAUUAUCUGCCGUUGCUAUUUUUUCUGUAUCGCUUUCAUCAGAUACUCUUCAAGAACGAGGAGCUUUGCUAUGACCAUCCAUUCCUUUUACCGAUGUGGUGUUUUGCCUUUGGUGUCUCAAUAAUCUUUGCUGAAAGUUGUGCUGCACAUUUAUUUAAUUCUCUCUCACAGCAGCUUCGUCAAAACUUCUACUACAUGGAUUACGUCGCCUUCAAUCUCUAUGGGUUUGGAUCCGCUAUCGCCUGUUACUAUUAUAUAUUCCCAUUGCUGACUGUCAUGAACCCUAUGCUGCUGGAAGGGAAUGGACUAUGUACAGAAUACAGUCAUGUGGUCAAAUUUUACUCUGCUUUCUGUAUUCCUGGGACAUUCUUGUUGCUCGUAAUUUGCACUAUUGCCAUUUGCAAAACCUAUAUUGACUGGGCACAACAUCGCUACAUAAUCAGGGCAAUUGUAUUUCUCAUACCACUCAGUGUGUCAGUGCCCAUACUCAUAGAUAUUUUUUAUUUUGACCUUCCUUUGAAAAAUCCACACGUAUUUUUUUAUUUUUGGAGACAGCGUACGUGGCUUCUGCUAGCGAUUAUGUUUAACGUGAGCAGAAUUCCAGAGAGAUUUUGGCCGGGUCAGUUUGAUGUGAUAGGACAGAGUCAUCAGUGGUUCCACUUGUUUAGUUUCCUGACUGUUUAUGAUCAACUCUGUUAUUUGGAAUAUGGAUUCAACACUUUGGUUGAGUCGCCACCAAUGAUCCCGAAGUUUGCCGACACAAUGGGCGCAAUGUUCCUUUUGUUGCUGAGCUUUUUACUGGUGAUUAAGGGACUUGCUGAGCAGUCACCUGUUUAUAUAUAUAAUUAA